AUGAUGACGUUGGCAGGAAUGUUCGGCGUGACAGAGGCGGGCAUUUCUCAGUUCCUAAAGCGUCAGAAAGCUCAAGAUGGCUCUACUAACAGCCAACGCACUGGAAGACCACGUGUCACUGAUCGUAAUGACGAUAGGAACAUUUUGAAGACGUCUAGAACCAAUCCAAGACUCACCGCCCCUGCGAUCAGACGGGAAGUUUUCUUGAAUUCGCCAUCUCCGCCAUCCGUCUCGACCGUGAAACGACGUCUGAAUGCUGCUGGAAUCAUGGGAAGACGUUCAGUGAAGAAACCGCUGAUUUCUGAAAAGAAUCGAGCCGCCAGGGUGAAGUGGGCAAAGGAGCAUCUCAACUGGACCCGUCAAGACUGGAACGAGAUUCUGCGGUCCGACGAAAGCAAGUUCCUCCUCUUCGGGAGUGACGGAAUUCAGUGGGUUCGUAGACCAAUUGGGUCCAGAUAUCAUCCGAAAUACCAAUUACCCACCGUGAAACAUGGUGGAGGUUCUUGCAUGGUGUGGGGCGCCUUCUCUGGAAGUGGCAUCGGACCGCUUCAUCGCGUGAACGGCAUCAUGGACAAGCACGUCUACAAAGACAUUCUCCAGAACCAGAUGUUGCCGCACUUGAGAGCCAUGGGCCGUGGGAGUGUUUAUCAAAAGGAUAACGAUCCCAAGCACACUUCACUGUUCGUCAAGGUGAGAAAAAUUGACAAGUAAUUCGUAUGGUUUUGAAACUCAGGACUGGUUCAAGAGCCGUCGGGUCAAUGUCAUGGGGUGGCCAAGUCAAUCUCCGGACCUGAACCCGAUCGAACAUCUCUGGGAAGAGUUGAAGCGACGUUGUGCCAACAAAAGAGCCAAGAAUUGCAACGAGAAGUUUGCUCAACUGCUGUCUGAAUGGAAUCAGAUCCCCAUGUCUACCAUCGACACUUUGCCCAAUUAUAUGCAGAGAAGAUGCCAGGCAGUGAUUGACGCCAGGGGCUUCGCAACCAAGUACUAGGUCCCGAAUAUUGUUUUAACAAUGUUUUGUGUUGAUAUAAAUUUUUUUGUUGAGCUAUGAUUUUUUAAUUGAAAAUAGCAAAAAUUCGAUUUUUUCGAAAAUUCGUUUUUUUCUCGAAAAAUUACUAUUCUUCGAGCUAGCAACUUGAAAUUUCGCCAGAACACGUAUGUCUCUCUCAGAAAACUAUGAAAAAAAAUUUGAAUCGAUAUCGCAUUUCAAAAAAAAUUUAUCCUCAAAAAACCAAAACUUAAUAGACUUUUGAGCGGUACUGUAAUUCUUGAAUUCUUCAGAAAGCUCGAAGGUUCUUGACUUCCAUUGAUAGAAAAAUUCAUGUGAUUUUCACAGAGUAUGCUUAAUUUAAUACCAAAACAUCCCAAAAAAGCAUCGAGCGGGUCUCGCAGCGAAAGCGAAUCUUAUCCCGAAUUAUACUGUGUAGCGAGUAGUUGGGUUCGGAAUGAAUUUCUUCUCAUUUAUCUGAUAGCAAUAAGUUUUCAAGUUUUUUUAAAAUGAAUUCACUCUUACAGUCAAACGAACUUUCUAUCAAUUUUAAUAGCUUAAUUUUUUUGAUUCUUUGGAAAAAAGAUUUUUCAGCUGCUCAUCGGGCAAUCGGAAGAUUCCCUACCAUGAUAUCAGAAGAAUGUUCGUCUUGGGCGAGCAGGACAUUAGCCGGAAUCGUCAGAGGAUCAUGAAUGAAGGGCUUGUGAGGAGGAUGAGGUAAUUCAGAGGAUCCUAGAAAUUUUUAUCUUUUUUUCCAAUUUUGUUUUUUGAAAAAGUGUAGUCGAAGCUGAAAAAAGCAGUUUCAUAUAAAUAUUUGAAAAGAAAGUGGAGAUGAUUAAUUUUAAAUCUUCCAGACCGGUCGCUGGAAGCAGUCAUGACGUUUGGCAGUUGCGUUAAAGACUGUUUCGUCAACCAGGAAAAUCGCAACGGAUUCUGCUUCGAUCAGAGAGGGUGAGUAGAACAAUUUCGACACUUAAAGAUUCUUACCGAUGUUAAUAAAAAUAUGGGAAAUUCGGAAAAAAAAAUUUGGAUUGGUCCCUGUAUACUUUGGCACAAAAACACGGGCAAAGUCCAAAAGGUCUCAAAAAGGACUUUUGAAAAAAAAAAGGCCUUUUUUCUAGACCUCUUCUGAAAAGGAACUUUUGAGGAAAUUUAAAAAAAAGGAAGCGGAAAAAAGGAGAUUCCGAGAAACUUUUGACACCCUUUCAGAAACUCAAAAAGGAGCUUCUUUUUAAGUCGUUUGGUCUUUGGUUGUGAAGGAGAUUUAAAAUAACUGGUUCGGAAAAACGUGCCAUGGUUCUUUCUUUGGCCCUGCUUAACCGGUUCCACUUCUGACUUCUUCUGGUCGACCUCCCAGUUUAGUGCUCCCUCCAGUUAUUUUCUUGGUCUGCUUAACCAAAUCUUCUAUAAUGGGAUAAAUUGCAAUCGAAAAAUCAAGGAUCAACCCAGAAAAAGCCUCAAGAUUUCAUUAGAAACCACUGAUCAGGAAUUCGAGUUGAAUCGCAAACCGCUUCUCCCUGACGUCAUCUUGGCUUGGCGAUUCGCACAAGCAGCUAUAUUAUUUGAUUUAUUUUUCACGUUUUAAAUUUAUAAAAUUAGAUUCGACGUGAAAAGUUUUCUAUAUUAUUUCUGGCUCUUUUCAUUCUUCAAUUUUUUUCACGUAAGUAAAGUAAAUAUGUAGCCAAAUAUUUUUAUUACGCUUGUGUUCCGAAUGAUGUCAUGUCAGGGAGUAGCGGUUUGCGAUUUAACGAAAACGCUGAUCAGGGAAUAUUUUUUCUUUUGAAACGUAAAAAAUGAAUACCAGUUGCCAACCGUACGCAACCUCUUGGUCUAUUCAAAACUCGCUCAACGUCUGCAUCAAACAACUUCAAUGGAAACGGCACGCUGGCGCUUUGUGCAAUUGCGCGAGAAAUGCGGGUGUCACGUGGGUUUUUCAUUUUCUUUCUUAAAAAGCGAAGUUCAGCUUUCACGCACUGAUUUUUCGAAAUCAAAAAUCAAUAUUGAAAAUAAAAAUAUUUCAGAAGCCUCGGCAGCACUUGCUCACUGCUGAGCAUCGUUGGAUAA